GUCUGCAACAUAGUCCAGAGGAAUUAGGAAAGUCAAAGUAAUGGAUAACAGAGAAGACCCUCCAUUCUUCAAUGGAGAUAACAUGGGACCAUUUUACUACAAACUUCCUUUCUAUAAUACCAUAAAGCUCUUCAUUGAAACAUUGACUGGAACAUGUUUUGAGCUCAGAGUUUCACCCUUUGAAGCUGUCAUUUCUGUGAAAGCAAAAAUUCAAAGAUUGAAAGGUAUUCCCAUCUGUCAGCAGCAUUUAAUUUGGAAUAACAUGGAACUUGAAGAUGAAUAUUGCUUGAGUUAUUACAACAUUUCAGAAGGUUGUACCCUGAAGCUGGUAUUGGCUAUGCGUGGUGGACCUAUAAAUACUAGAAGAGUUCCUAUGGAAGAUCCACUGAGGGAGAUGGCUGAGUACAUGGAUUCCAGUCGAGGUGAAGUCUGGGAGAAGACCUCCUGCAACAAACAAGUUACAUUUUUGGUAUACCGAGAAGGAGAUCAAUUGAAUUUCUUUCAUGUAGUAGAUAGGGGAGAUGGCACUUUAACACCAUCAUCUGAAACUUUAAGCGGCGGCUCUGUGCAUGGUUCACAUACUGCGGAGGAUAAGGAACUUGAGCAUUCUCCCUCUGGGCAACAGAUCAUCGAGAAUUCAAUAACUAUGAAUAAGAUGAAGCUCCUGAAGGCCAAGAUGGAGAACAACAAUCCCAGCAAAAAGCCUAAGAAAGCUGUCAAGGUAAAACCUCAUCCACCUAUAGCUCCUCGACCUUCUAGUAGUUCCACGGCAGCUGCUCACCACAGAUUGUCAAGGGUUCUCCCCAACAUUGGGCAGCCUUGUUUGCCUUCUCCUGGGGAUGCUUAUCUACAUGAAAUAUCCAGCGGUGCAAUUUCAAGUUUGGCAGCUCUGCCCCCUGCUGAUGGACCCACGUCAUCUAUAGCUAGCGGUUUUCCUAAGGAAGAUGACUGGGAGAGUAACCCACUGUCUCAUUCCAAUAGCAGCAUCAAACUACGACCUCGGAUACCCCAUACGGAGUUGGAAAGUGACAAAGAGCUUGUUGAUCCUCUUCUCCACCUUGGAUCAUCCUUGCCUAGGCAGACAAAACACUUUUCAGGAAAUUUGGUAUCUAAUAAUGAGAAUGACACUGUUUUAUCUCCGACUUUAGAAGAGUGUGUAACUGAAGAAUCACUUCUACCUGAAGUAGGUUCUUUUGCUUCGUUUACAGAAGGAAAUGGUGAUGAACAGAGCAGUGUCUUAGAAGGCACUUGGAAGGGAAAUCCAGAGUUCUUACUCACAAAUGGUGAUAAAGGGUUGAAAGCUACAGAGGAGCAUCUUAAACAUGUUGCAAGAAAGUUAAGUGGUGAAUCAGUAGAGACUACAGUUCUCAACCACAAUGACUUAAGUCCUCACAAAAAAAGAUUCUUGUCACCUCUUUGCUAUUCUACACCAAUGUCACUACAUAAUUCUGUGGUGAAACCACAGAGACCACCCAAAUGUUUUGCGUCUGAGAACCUCCAGUCUUCUACUUCACAAAAAGUCCUUCAGUCAUUGGAUGUUCGAAAUAAAACUGAUUCUUCUUUCUCAAGGUCUACUCGCUUUCAAGCUGUUAAAGUUGAUUCCCCUGGGAAAAGAUCUGAUAUUAUUUCUAAAGUUGAGGCUAGGGAUAUCACAGAUAUGGCUAACAAGGCUUCUAAAGAGCCUGUUGAUUGUAUAAAUAAUACAGGUUCUCUUGCUUUGCUGGCCCAGAGUGCAAGUAGGGACAGUUUACAGAGCACACGUGGGGCAGGCAGGCUUCAGACCUCUGGAAUUGGGCUGUCUGCAAACCUCCAGCAUUUUCAGGAAGAAAGCUUCAGGAAAAGUUCUCCCCAGUUAGAACCUACAGAAUUUUUUUCAUCUACUCGUGGUAUUGGAAUGAAUGGAAAUAAUACAGCAGCAGGGAAAAGAAUAGGAGAAGGUACUCAUCACCUCCCGCCUGUGAAAGCCCCCAUUCACACAAAGAAGAAGACGACAAAGCAUUGUUUCCUUUGUGGAAAGAAAACUGGACUGGCUACUAGCUACGAAUGCAGAUGUGGAAACAACUUCUGUGCACCUCAUCGCUAUGCAGAAACUCAUGGCUGCAUCUAUGAUUACAAGAGUGCAGGGAAGAGAUACUUACAGGAAGCAAAUCCUGUGGUAAAAGCACCAAAACUUCCAAAAAUCUAAUUCUUGCUCUGUGCCUACUGUUCUGCCUGAAGAAUUGUAUUACAAUGACAGAAGAAAUACUGUUUAGACGGCAUUGUUUUUGUUCGGCUCCAAAAGACUUGCCAAAUGACAAAAGUAUAAGAUGCAUAAUGUUGGAGACUGAGAAUGCUACUGUAUUUGACAUCUUUAUUCUUUGGUGAAUCAAAAGUUUUAAAAGUAGUUUGAAAAACUUUAUAAUGAUUUAACUUUGUUAUUGCAUGUCUUGUGUUAUGUUAUAUUUGAUACUGCAAUUUUACUAGACAAGUCUUCAAAAGAUGUACUUUAGGAAAUUAACAUUAACUGUGUGACCAGCUUCCACACUGCACUGAAAUGAUCUGUCAAGUAAUAGCUCUACUCAAAUCUACCUGUUUUGUUUUGUUUUUUACUGGAGUAGGGUAAGUGAGAGUUUUAAAAAAAUCCAUGUAAAAAUUAUUGAGUUUACUAAAACAAGUUCCUUUUUAUUUUAAGCUAUUUUUUAUAAAAAAGAGCAUUUGGUUUUCUUGUGUAGUUUUAACACAUAUAUUUCUUCCAUAUUCAGAUUGACAUUCAGAUAUGUAUCCAUUCUAUAAAACACAGCAUGUUAAUCAUAGUAUAUAUUUCUUAAAAUACUACUUUUUGAAUGGUAGUUUUAAAACAGAAGCUGUCCCACUUGUUGCCAUUAAAUACAGAGCCCAACUUUACACUUCUUGAAAAAAUGGCUACACUUAAAGUAAAAUCUUACAGCUUGGUUUAUUUUUCUUAUAUGUUGAGUGCUAUUUCCAGGAGAAAUUCAAAUAAAUGUUUAUUCAUUAUGAGUUUGAUUAUUUGAUUAUUUACAAUAAUUUUUAUUUUAUAUAUACCUUCUUUAUAAAAUCAUUUAAUUAAAUCAGUAAUUUGUUCUACUUGGAAAAAAUGACCAUCAGUAUAAAAGUAUUAUUUUAGGGCAUUAAAGGUGCUCUGCUUCCCAGAUAUAACCUAUAAAGCAGCUAAACUUUUGGGAGACCACUUGCUUCAUGGGAACUUAGCCAGAUCUGAUCCUGAACCCUUGUAAAUAACAGGCAGCAAUCCAGGUAGACUCUGCAACUGUAGCCCAACCCAGGUGGGAUCUGUUGGGUUACCAGAAGGUGCCAUCCAGGGCUUCUUUCCCCACGCAAGGUCCAACUGGAGAGUUAGGUUACCUUUCCGCUACUUCCUGUAGGAGACUAAAUACUGAAUGGACAAAGAUGCCUUCAUUUUCCUAAAGACAUCUGAAGGUGCUCCUUCUGAGCAAGAAGGAGAAAUACAUUUACAGAGGGAAAGGUGAGAAGUUAGUGGAGUGACACAAUUAGGUGUUAAUGUACCUUUUAGGGGAGCUAUAUAGGCUAAUGAGAAAUAUUUUUAUCUGUGUCGAGUAGUUCAGUUUUUCCCUCUUAUCAAGACAGCAUGUGCUUUAGACAUUAAAAAUAGAAGAACUCUGUUACAUGGACAGGCUGCUAAAAAGUGGACCAAAACCUGUUUAUUCUAUAAAUAAAUAUGAAUAUUAAAACCAGGGAGUUAGGAAGUAAGAUUCCUAACAUACUUUAUGGUAGUUAGCCAACAACUGACCCUAUUUUAAGGCAGGGCAGGCAAGUAGUCCUACAUGAUAAGUUCCCACUGCCUGAGGGUAAUCACUAUCUUGGAGAAGAACGGGAUCAAUAAAUUCCUUAUGUUAAGUUUAUUAUCAUACAGAAUAUUUAGAGGACUGACUAUCCCUGAAGACAUAAUGUCCCUCACUGGAGAUGGACACUGUGAGGCCACAUUCAAAGCUAUGCUCCCUUGGCCCUUUACCCCAUCCUUAAAAUCCUUAAAAAACAAGAAUCCUAAGCCUUUAAGCAUGCCUCCUCUCUGAGGCUGCCUGCAUUCCCCUUUCUUCAAGUGUGUACUUUGCCUUAAAUAAAGCCCUGCUGCUAACUUACAGCAUUUUGUCUCUGUGAGAGACCUUUUCCUACUGGUAAGCGUCUUUGUUACUUUGCUAGUUCAUUCAAUUUUCUAAACUUAAGUACUAGUCUUCUCUCUGUUCUACUUCAGACAGGUAGGGAAGGGCUAUAAGAUCUCUAAUUAGGGCUCACAAGUUCCCGUAACCUGGGUGACUAUGAUAUAAUGAGUCAUAAGAAAUACAUAUUUGGCUAUUCAGAUGACCAAAUUCAUAUUUCCCAGGUAUAUUUGGUCUCAUCCACAUUCCUGGAAAUACUGCAGAGUCUUAAAGGUGAAAUGGGUGUCUUGCCAUGUUAAUGAGAAACUUUGGACCCCAACCCAAGAGUGAGGGCUGGAGGUUGAAUCAACCAAUGGCCAAUGAUUUAGUCCAUUAUGCCUAUGUAAUGAAGCCCUCAAAAAAGAGCUUAUCACUCUCUUGGAUUCUGCUAAUCAGUUGGAGAGAGCUUCUGUGCUUGGGGAACUGGAAUGCCUCCCUGUGCCACCAAGCCAGACCCCAAGCUCCACAAGGGUAGAAACUCCAUUAUUUGGGACCUUGUUCUAUGUAUUUCUUCAUCUGGCUGUUGUAUCCUUUACAGUAUCCUUCAUUAAACUGGUAAACGUAAGUGUUUUCCUGAGUUCUGUGAACCACUAGCAAAUUCAUCGAAACUAAGGGGGUGGUCUUUGGAAUCUCCAAUCUGUAGCCCAUAGGUCAGAAAUACAGGUAACAAACAGCCUGGGGCUUGCAACUGGUGUCUGGAGUAGAUGAUGGAGGGCAGUCUUGUAGGUUGGAGCCCUUAACCUGGGGAAUCGGGUGUUGUCUUGGAGCAGACGGCAUCAGAAUUUAGUUGAGUUCUCGACAUCCUGCUGGUGUUUGACAAUUGCUCAGUGUAUGUGUAGGAAGCCCCCCUGCCACAUUCACACGUUGGAAUUGGGUCCAGGAACCUGAAUGGAGUUAUAUUACUAUUACUGCUGUGUAUAAUACUACUAUUAUUGUGUAUGAAAGAACACAUCGUAGUGGAUGGGACUGUGGCUGUACAGUCACACUCUUUAGUAGCCUGCAUGAAAAUCUCCUUUCUUUGCUUUGAGGAAGUUCCCAGACAUACUCUCACUCCAUUCAGUGCUCUGCAGCUCCCCCAAAUCCUGGGGUAGUAGGGGUUAGUUCCUGAACUGUGCAGAUUCAAGCAGACAGCAGAUGCCAGGUGACCCUAGUUUCAGGAGUUGGCAAGGGACUGGCCUCAUGCUGAGCAGGAGUUCAGUGAGCUUUUCUUUCUUCCCUCUGUUCUUCCUUGCUCUCUACUAACUGCAUGGCUGCCACCAUCCACUACUACUCUUGCUUUAAUGAAUUCCUUCCUUAUUUACACUUGCCUGGCCUGUGUGUGAAUUCUUUCCUGAUCAGAAUCAAGAACCCUUCCCUGUCUACGUUGAGGUUGCACCUAGUGUGCAGGGAGAGAACUCCCCA